AUGGACGAACUCAAGAAGGUGGAAGAAGUAAAAAGCGCGUUCGAUUCGGGAAACGGCAUCGUCUUCGAGAAUCACCCGCAUGCGAUCAGUGACACGGCCGAGGAGGUCGUCAACCGCAACGUCCCAUCGACACCCACCCUCUACACCGUCGACCUCAAACAGCUACGAGCCGAUCAGAUCUGCAUCUACCGCUCCGAAACUGUCGGCUCGGAAAGUCGCACGAUGCUCUACGUUUCCGAAUACAAGCCCCCGCAUAAACUGACCGCGCCGCAUCUUCGCCUCGGUUUGCGCCCGAUGAACAUAUAUAAAGAGGUGGUCAACCGGAAAACAAUCCCCACGUCAGUCGACCCAGAUGCACGAUUUCAGUAUCAUGCGGAGAGACUCACGGCCGCCACCAUCACACAGACCUAUCACUACAUGAUCGAAGGCGGACUCGAGCACGGCUUGCUGACGACGGGCGAGGCAAUCGUCUUCUUGAAGCUUGACUGGCGCGAGCCUGAGACACUCUUCUAUCAUCUGGCAGAGCCAUCUGCGGAGACGGAAGCUCACCCCGAGCAUGCCCACCUCUGUACGGCAGUUGCUCAGUAUCUGGCCUUCAGUCUGAUUGCUCUGAGUAUGCCAGGCGAACGAUCGCCACAUGGGCAGGACGAGCGGCGCAGAGCUAUGGACGAGUUGCCCACGUGGGCGGAAGACUUCGAGACGACGCUGCGGUCCGUUCCGGAUGGUGAAAUGCAGCCAUCGGAGAGCCCGCCGGGAUACGAACCAAAGGCGUACAAGGACGUCGACAGAUCUCCGUGCUUAGCCGAAAGACGAGGCGAGGACAUGCAAGAGACCGGCAUACAAAGGAGCAAGUCACAAAGGACCCGAAUGAAUCAUCUGAAUCAUCGGAUGACGAGUCGAGACGGGAUGUACCAAGCACGCGUACGCCUACAGGAAGGCAGAUUCGCGGAGGGAAUCCCCAGAGCCAGGGCGGUCAGGAUAGCCAAGGACCCCGACGCAGUGAGCGGCUUCUAG